AUGAUCAUGUCAGAUAAAGUUCUAAGUCGUAAACGCAUCCAAGAGCUCAUCAGUGUUGGCAAAGCAAUUGUGAUUUACGAUGGCUAUGUACUAAACCUUUCGGGAUGGUUAAAAAAACACCCUGGUGGAGAUUUAGCCAUCUACCAUAUGAUUGGGCGUGAUGCUACGGACGAAAUGAACGCUUACCACGGAAAAGAAACCUUGACGCAGUUCUUGAAAUGGAGGAUCGGAGUGAUUGAAACACCGUUGUGGGAAAAUCUUUUGCCUCCUAUACAGGGUGGAGAUUAUUCAGAUGGAAUUGAAACAUCAGUGCAUCAUACGUUGGAUACGAAGAUGGAUAGCGAGUCUGAUGCCGAUCUAGCAUUUCUGAGCUCAACACUGUCAAUUUCCAUUUUGGGAGAUGCUAAUUCAAUGAAGCUGACAAAAUAUCCCGAAUUGGGGGCAGGCUACCCCGAUGGCCCAGUAACCCCUCGAAUUCCUCAGAACAUGAUCUUAACAAAAGAAAAUAUACCAAAGGUUUUGAUUACAGAUGAAACUAGAUUUGAGGGAAAGGUUGUGGAUCCCCGGUUGCAAUUAAAUUCAUUUGACAAUGAGCUUACGCGUAGGGAUUUGGAGGUUUUGCCGAGUUUGGACUAUGAUACCCAAAACUACUUGCGAGAGGAGUACCAUAAACUAUUUCUGGAGUUGGAGGCCGCGAAGCUAUUUGACUGCAAUUAUUGGAACUAUGCUCGAGAGCUAUUCAAGAUUUGUACAUUAUUCUUGUACUCCUUUUGCUUCUUAAAAACCGGUCAUCUUUUUUUAAGUGCUUCUUUAAUUGGAAUGGCUUGGCACCAAAUGACAUUCAUUGCCCACGACGCCGGCCACGUUUCUAUUACGCACAAUUAUCAAAUUGACAACACCUUUGGUAUGGUUAUUGCUCUGUGGUUUGGAGGUUUAUGUCUUGGUUGGUGGAAGCGAAACCACAACGUCCACCAUUUGAUUACGAACGACCCUGUACAUGAUCCAGAUAUUCAACAUUUGCCGUUUUUUGCUGUCAGCGUCAAACUUUUGCAGCUGAUAUAUUCCACAUACUACAAGCGAACUUUGUCUUUCGACAAGGCGGCCGAAUUUCUCAUCCCUUACCAGCAUUACUUAUACCACCCUAUACUUUGUUUCGGCAGAUUCAAUCUUUACCGGUUGCUGUGGGAACAUUUGAUAUUUGGCAAAGGGCCACGCGAGGGAAAGGCGGCAUGGUUCCGCCCGUUUGAGAUUGUGGGCCUUCUGUUUUUUUUCUAUUGGUUCUUUUACCUUGUGGUAUACAAAUCAAUAGAAGGAGGCUGGAGUAGAUUCGCCUACGUGAUGAUUAGUCAUGUGGCCACCAUGUUGGUGCAUGUUCAGAUUACAUUAAGUCAUUUUGCUAUGCUGACUGCCGACAUGGGAGUCUCUGAACUGUUUCCAAGUCGCCAAUUACGAACAACUAUGGAUGUUGAUUGUCCGAAGUGGCUAGACUUUUUGCACGGUGGGUUGCAAUUUCAGGCCAUACAUCAUCUAUUUCCUCGUAUGCCUCGACACAAUCUUCGCCAAGCUCAACCUUAUGUUAUCGAAUUUUGCAAACGAGUGGGUUUGAAUUACUACAUUUAUGGGUUCGGUCGUGGCAACGAAUUGGUCCUCAAUAAGUUGGAAGAAAUCGGUAAACAAGCAUCUAUUCUUAUUGAUGCUACAAAGAAGUAUAAUGGGGAUAUGUACUAA